UUCUCCUCUGGGUACCAGCUCCUUACUGCCCUGCAGGCAUUGGUGCUUGUGGCCUAGAGAAGGAGGACAUGAAUUCCUUAAAUCCCAGCAGGUUCCAGGAUCUGGGUUCACAGAUAUCUCCAGGCAAGAAAAAGAGGAAGAAACUAUCCCUAUUUCUCACAGACUUAAGCAGGAAACAACUACAUCAUGCAAAAACCCUGCAAAGAAAAUGAAGGGAAAGCCAAGAGCCCCAUGCCAAAGAGAGAAGAAUGCCCCUAUGGAGAAUGUGAACGCCAGCAAACUGAAGGGAAUUUCAGGCAAAGACUGCUUCAGUCUCUCAAGGAAUUUAAAGAGGACAUAGAUUACAAGCAUUUUAAUAAUGAAGAAAUGACAAGAGAGGGAGAUGAGAUGGAAAGGUGUUUGGAAGAGAUAAGGGGUCUGAGAAAAGAGUUUAGGGCUCUGCAUUCUAACCAUCGGCAUUCCUGAGACCGUCCUUAUCACAUUUGAUGCAUUUUCCCCCUGAAUUCAGUUAUUUUCUGCUAUUAAUAUAGCUACCGCUGGGUUCUUUUGGUGUGGAUUUUCAUGCUAAAUAUUUGCUAUCAUUUUACUCCAAUUCUUCAAUAUUCCUUUGAUUUACAUAUGACUCUUGUUACCAACAUCUCAUCUUUUGACCCAAUCUCAUUCAUUUAAUAGGAUGUUUCAUUCAUUUGCAUGAGAAGAUGCUCAUUGAAUAUUGUAAAGUGGAAAUAAAUACAUUGCAAAACAUUAUAUAUACACACAUAUAUAUGCACACAUAUAAUGACCAUUUAUAUGCACUAUAAUGCAAAAAGUCUGAAUUAUUAUACACCAAAACAUUAAUAGUGACUCUCUGUGUGAACUGUACUUCAUUUCUUUUUUUCUGUAUCUUCUCAUUUUCCAAAAAAAAUGAAUACAUAUAUAUGUGUGUAUUAUUUGUGUCACAAAUAGCUAAAAUAAACAGACACAGCUAAAGUACUUGUAAAUGGCAUUUGAAAGGCAGUGAAAGACUUAAUAAACUCUUAUAACAGAGCUAGGAAUAUAAACUUUAAAUCACCUCUGGAUCUUUUAGCCAGAGGAAUAAAACUGGCAAU